AUGCGUCCUACACAGAUCAUGCGCGGCGGCGGUGGCGAUGGCCCUAUCGGGAAGUACAACAAGUACCUCGGUGGCUGGGGUGCAUUUGGUACCCCCCAACAGAAGCAGAAGGGAAUCGUCACCUACAACGUCACCCCUAACCGACAGAGGCCAUUCGCCGGUGCAGGCCACGCCGCCGUCUUCAACACCUGGCGCCGUUUCAAGGGUCAGGUCCUCUACAUUGUCCCGCCGUUUGUUGCGGCUUACUACAUCAUGGACUGGGCCACACACGAGAACCACUUCCUCAACUCAAAGCCCGGCCGUGCCUUGACCGCUGCCAGGGAGGCUGAGGCAGCGAAAUAG